UAUGUAAUAAUAAUGAUACAUUUUUGAAUGUCAAGUACAUGAAAGGCAUAGUUUUUGAAGUACAGGAGCGUUGUAAAAGCCCAGGGACCCCCUCACCAUGGUGCUGCCACCUCCAGACAAGCGGCACGUUUGCCUGACCACCAUCGUCAUCAUGACCAGCAUGGCCUUCAUGGACGCCUAUCUGGUGGAGCAGAACCAGGGCCCGCGGAAGAUUGGUGUGUGCAUCAUCGUGCUGGUGGGGGACAUCUGCUUCCUCAUCGUGCUACGCUACGUGGCCGUGUGGGUGGGCGCCGAGGUCAAGACGGCCAAGCGCGGCUACGCCAUGAUCCUCUGGUUCCUCUACAUCUUCGUGCUGGAGAUCAAGCUCUACUUCAUCUUCCAGAACUACAAGGCUGACAAGAGGAACCUGGAGACGGUGGCCCGCAAGGCCCUGACGUUGCUUCUGUCCAUCUGUGUGCCGGGCCUCUACCUAGUGCUGGUGGCGCUGGACAGCAUGGAGUACGUCCGGACGUUCCGGAAGAAGGAGGACAUGCGCGGCCGCCUCUUCUGGGUGGCACUCGACCUGCUGGACAUCCUGGACAUCCAGGCCAACCUGUGGGAGCCGCAGCGGACGGGGCUCCCGAUCUGGGCCGAGGGCCUGAUGUUCUUCUACUGCUACAUUCUGCUGCUGAUCCUGCCCUGCGUGUCGCUGAGCGAGAUCAGCAUGCACGGCGAGCACGUGUCCCCGCAGAAGAUGAUGCUCUACCCGGUCCUCAGCCUGGCCACCAUCAACGUGGUCACCAUCCUCAUCCGCAUGGUCAACAUGCUGCUCUUCCAGGACAGCCGCGUCUCCACCAUCUUCAUCGGCAAGAACAUCGUGGCCAUCGCCACCAAGGCCUGCACCUUCCUGGAGUACCAGCGGCAGGUGAAGGAGUUUCCCCAGAACGCCAUCGCCAUGGAGCUGCAGCAGAACUCUGUGCCCCACACCCAGACCCUCCCCACCACCACCAGCCUGGCCCACGAACAGUCCCCGGUGCGGGAGGUCAUCGACACAUGACGAAAGCCAAAUUUGAUCUCGCAGGUCACCACCCUACCCUUCCGCCGUGCCCUGGCCCACUCCAGCCUCCAGAGGGCGCUGUUUUUACCCUCAUUGAGCCCUUCCCACUCUAACCCUGGCCUUUGGGAGGGAAUUGUCCUGCCAAACCAGUUACAUGGCUAACCCCUCCUCCCCUUUCCCA